UUUAUAGAUAAAAAUGUCGAAUAAAAUGAGGAAGACAACCGCCAAAAUAGUUCAUUUUAAAGGUGGAUUACGAACAACUAUUCCUGCUCAGUUAGCGAUGCCGGGGCCUCCGUUAGGAACCCAACUGGGUCAGCUUGGUGCUAACAUUGCAAACUUUGUCAAGGAUUUUAAUCUUAAAACCUCAAUUUUCAGAGAAGGGGUACCGUUGCCAACCCGAACUACAAUAAACGCAGAUAGAUCUUACAAUUUAACAAUUCACCACCCUACCUCGACAUUUCUACUAAAACAGGCUGCUGGUGUGUCACGGGGGGCGAUGGAACACAGAAAAGAAAUUGUUGGUUAUCUCACAAGAAAACAUAUUUAUGAAAUUGCAGUUAUUAAAAGCCAGGACCCUCCACUGCAAAUGGUUGAUCUAAAAGAUAUUUGCAAUGAUCUUAUUGAUACAGCUUUUACCAUAGGAAUACAUGUUGUCGACGAAUUAAACCCUGCUGAGUAUCAGAAGUUUUUGGAGAACAGAAAGCUUGUGAUUGCUGAGCAGCUAGAUGAGAUUAAAGCUGCCAAAGAAGCAAAAUUACUCAGAACUGCUUAGUCUAGUCUUUAUUGAGACUUUGGCUUACUUUGUCAAUUAAUGAUGUUUAUUGUUUCAGA